GCUCAAAGUGCCAAGGCGUUUGACGACAACAAAGUGCAGUCAGAAAUCCACGGCUCCACCUUGUUAUGUGCUGCAGCUGUGGCAGAGACCUUGAGAGCAGAUGUGGCGACGUGCAGCUCGGUGAUUUGUGCUGCAGGACGGGGAAAGUUGUGGCAGGAAGCCUUUGCCUGGCUAUUCCACUUUUGUUCUGCAGCUCUGGAGAUCAACGAGAUUGUUUACAAUUCGCUUCUGACUGUAAAUCCAGCAGAUGCUUCAUCAAGAUGGAGAUCAUCCCUGUGCAUCUUGGAUGUUUUGAAGGUACAGCUUCGCAAGGACGUAGUAUCAUUCAACACACUAAUUACCGCCUGUGAUCGAUCUAAAGAUUGGAGCAAGGCGUUGAUUGUUUUCAGGCACUGCCAGCAGGAUUCAGUGGAGACGACGACAGUCUCCCUAGGAGCAUCGAUCUCUGCAUGUCAAAGAUCUACACAGUGGCAGAAGGCACUGGACAUCAGCAUGCAGAGGGGGAAGUGUGUGAUGAGCAAUGUGCUGCGCAACUCCCUCAUCAGUGCUUGUACAACGGCAGGCGCCUGGCAGCAUGCAAUGACUUUGGCAGCGGGUGAUGCAGGUUAUGCGCGGCAGAAUUUGCGAUUUGACCAUUUCACUAUGAACACACUGAUGUGUGGGCCUGGACGGCCUGGAGUGCAAUGGCGAAGUGCCGUGCAGAUGGCAGAUAGGAUGAGACUUCCUUGGGAUUUGGUCACAUACAAUUCGGCAUUCCAGGUACAUUGUGACAGCGGCGAGUGGGAGCCUUCUUUUCAGUUGGUGCAGGAACUGAACAAGGGCAAUUUGCGGCCCAACACUCUGACAGUUUCAAGUUUAAUGUCUUCGUGCGGUCAGUUUCAACAAUGGCAAGCUUCGUAUGGCUUUUGUACUCAGAUGAUAGGUCUAAAGCUUGAAGCCAACAUUGUUUUCUGCAAUGCCAUGAUGAGUGCCAAUGAGAAGCGGAGCAGAUGGACAACAGCGCUGGAAUUGCAGCAGAACACUCAGGAUCUUGGAAUUCGUCUUAGUGUGGUAUCCUUUGGUUCUAUCAUCAAUGCUUGUGAGAAAGAAAGGCGCUGGACUCUUGCGCUGGCUUUGGUGAAUGUCCUUCAAGGAAAGAAUUUGGAGUUGAAUCAGAUCACAUCAAGCUCCUUAUUGAGGGUUCUUGGCAGCUGCGGAAAGUGGUUCGACGCUAGCGCGUUGCUUCAGCAGCUGCAGAGCUGUGCAUCGAAGAUGGACCCCUUUAGCUUCACUGCUACCUCGCAUGCUUGUGUGGAGGCUGCUCAGUGGAUACAGACCUUGAACUUGUUGGAUGUGGCUACAUGCAGCGAGGGUUUCCAGGUCAGCCUGGGGAACAUUGCCAUCAGUGCCAGUGGAGAGGCAGAAGAAUGGCAGGAGGCCAUUCAGCUUUUCUCGACCUCUGUGGCAAGAUCGGUGCAAAAAACAAUGGUUACCCACAACGCUGCCACCAGUGCCUUCGCACAAAGUGUCCAAUGGUGGAGAGCUCUGGGGCUCCUGGCUCAACUGGGAGAGUUCGCCAAUGGCAAUGACAUCACCUUCACUGCAGUUAUCAAUGCGUGCGAAAAAGCCCAGGUGUCGACGCUACUGAUCGCAGUUUGCCCCGUCAAGGCUGGAAAGGGUUACAUGGUGCUAACCCCAAAUGAUCACAUUGGCCGGGAAGACCUGAUUACCAAUGAGGAUGUUGUGAUCCCAGUCUUGAAGCACUUGGGCAUGAGAACUACGGUUGAUACCAUCCAUGAACAUGUGGAGCUCUUCAUGCACUGGGCCCGCCCGUGGGCUUAUCCGCACAGAGGCUUGGAAGAUCAGGAUGAGGAGGUUGAGCUGGUUGAGCCCAAAGAGGAGCCAGCUCGAGACAACCGAUCUCCUGUCCCCAGCCCUGGAGGUGUGUCGGCAGCUGCUGAGAAGAUUGCCAACCUGUCGAUUGCUUCGGCGCCAGCUUCUACAGUGGUGACACCAUGCCCGUCCCCACGAGGAAACAAGAUGGAUUUGCCCAGCACAGAGAAAGUGUACAAGCAUGACAUCCAUACUUCAGAGAACACCUUUGAAUGCAAAACCUGUGGGGCCAUGGCUGCACGCUUGGACCUCAUCCAGUCGCAGCCCUGCUCGAAGCGUGGCCCUGUUCUGGAGCCUGGCAAGUUGCAAUUUGGGGUGGUGGACCUGAAAGGUGACCUUUCAUCCAAGUUGAUCUUGUUUACCCCGAAAUGGUUGGAACAAGUUGAAUACCUGAUGUGCCAGAUGCCUGAGAUCAGCCCGGAGACCCCCAAAAGAUUUGCUGACAUGGUUGUUGAGGGUGCCACCACUCUUCAGCUCCUCCCGCAAAGCCCACCUCCUGUUGGAGUUGAGCCCACCAAAGAGGAGCCUGCCAAAGAGGAGCCUCAGGCGGACCCGGCAGUGGUGCGUCAUCUGAUGAGCAUGGGUUUCAGCUCAUCAGAGGCGGAGGCAAAAUGCCUUUCAGAUCCCAAUGCCAAAGAGGUACUCUAUCAUGGUCUCCCCAAUUGUGCAGGGGCUGAUUCAAAAGCUGAUGCCCCAGUUCCCUUGAAGGCGGAGGUUCCAGAGGAACAUGAAGGAGUAGACUGGCCAGAAGAUCUGACAAAGGAUAAGGACAGCACAGAGAGAUCAGACGUGAAGGAAAAGGGUGAAGUUGAGGAAAGAAAGGUGGGAGAUGAAGAGAUGUGUCGGCCCGGGGGCACUGGACCUGAAGAUCUAGAUGCUGAGGAUGAGGAAGUCCCCACCAAGUCUGAGAAAGAAAAGUCAACCCGCAGCCGCACACCUGCAAAAGCAAAAACCACCAAGGUGCCCAAGACUGCAGAGACCGAGAAGAAAGAGUCGCGCAGAGCAAGCAGAAAGAAAAAGACUGAACAGAAGACCAACAAGGAUAAGGAGGCAGAGGUGAAGGAAGACACUGCAGAGGAAGACGAGACAAUGGGAAAAGAAGGUGACCAGGAGAAGGACAACAUGGAAAAGGAGAAAGGCAAGAGGAAGGCGGGGCAGGUGAAAGAGGUAGGUAGCAAGAAGAGAAGGAGCACACCAAAGACAGAAGAAACCAAAGAUGAUGCGAAGGUUGACUCCAAGAGGAAGAAGACCACUGAGGAUUCCGAGAUUCCCAAGACCAGGAAGAAGAAGACCACUGAGGAUUCCGAGAUUCCCAAGACCAGGAAGAAGAAGACCACUGAGGAUUCCGAGAUUCCCAAGACCAGGAAGAAGAAGACCACUGAGGAUUCCGAGAUUCCCAAGACCAGGAAGAAGAAGACCACUGAGGAUUCCGAGAUUCCCAAGACCAGGAAGAAGAAGACCACUGAGGAUUCCGAGAUUCCCAAGACUGAGGAUUCCGAGAUUCCCAAGACUGAGGAUUCCGAGAUUCCCAAGACCAAGACCAGGAAGAAGAGAAAGGCCGCUGAAGAAGGUGAGAAAAAGGAUGAUGAAGAUUUGGAUGGGGAGAAGGGGAAAGCCGUCAAGGAAAGGAUGGCAGAGAGAAGCCGGAAGUCAUCGGCUUAUUGCGCUGCGAGAAAGAAGGCCCUCGAGCAAGGCUUGACUGAGGAACAGGCCAAGGAGAAGGGACGUGAGGUAUGCCCCUUGCUGAGGGAUGGGCUUUGCGUGCAGCCAGUGCGGGAGGCGGUUCCCCACCUCAGCCGUGCUCAAGUUGCACAAGCUAGGAGUUCUCGUGGCUACAGCUGUGCUACCAUCGAUGAGAUGUACUGCAAAGGGAAAAGGAUAGUUUUGCUUGGCUAUGUCAUCUUAGCCAUGCACUCCUACUUUGUAGUGGAGCAGCCUGCUGGGUCGUGUUAUCCUGAAGGGUUUGCACAGCGGCUUCUGGAGUGCUUCGAGGGUAGAAGAGGCAUCCAAAGCCAGGAUUGCGGCAAUGCAAACCAAGCUGUCCUCGGCAUCGGUUCCAAAGCCACUGGAUGUCCCAGGAGGAAACGGUUGGCUUCAGCAUCAACACUUCCUGGUGAGGGUCGUGGGGAAUCCCUUGAUGAGCAACAAGUUGAGUCGUUUUGGAGGGUUGAAGAACACUAUGCUAAAAAGAAACCUGACAGUGUGCCAGCCACUGAUGUUGUCUCCUCUGGGGCUCCUAGCCCUGGCAAAGUGCCUGAGGGAAAGGGCCAGCCUGGCACAGUGUCCGAGGGCAAUGGCCAGGGGCAGGGUGCGACAGAGUCUGUGGGGGAGAAGGUUGAUUCCCCCAAUGGUGAGUGUGAAGGGGAUGACGUAGAAUUACCAGAGGAUGAGAUUCCUAUGGGUGAGAAGCUUCGAGAACUACUUCAGAAACACGGAAAUUUUCAACAGGUGGAGGUUGAACUUUCCAAGUGGAGCAAACGUGUCCAAUCUGAUGGAAAGUCAGGGAAGUGGGUCACCAAAGCCUACUUGGUGGAUAUUUAUGAUUCUGAGCAAGCAGUCAAAGAGGCUACUGCUGCAGCAGUGGCUGCCUCCAGCGGAGGUGGCAAGCAGAUGGCAGGGUCAAUUGCUGGCCUGAUCAAGACGUUGAACGAGAAGUACAAGGACCUGUGCGACAAGGAAGCUGAUUACCUAGCUGCAAGCGAUACAAGGAACAUCAAGGCUGGCAGUUCGAAUCCCAGUGUGAAGGGCAAGACGCCCCGUGAACCAGGGUCGGGCAAGUCUAAGAGUGAGAAGCCUCAUGAGAAGGCUGAGAAACCCAAGAAGCCAUCUGGUUUGGAACACGAUUCCAAUUGCAACGAAGGGGAUGAUUCAUCAAGUGGCGAUAUUGCAGACACCUUGCUUGAAGAUGCAGAGCUCGGGGUUGCUUCAGCAUCUGGCGUGAUACGGUUGGCGGCUCGUGUGGCCAAGAAGAACAAGAAGUUAGGCAUUCCUUCACCACCAGACUUCUGUAUACGGUGGAAAUACGAUUUCCCGACAGGCACUGGUCGUGCACACGAUACCGCGAAGGUUAUGGAUGCCUUGCAGCUUCCUGCUCGGAUCGCAAGUGGGCAUUGUUCCGAUUGUUGGGCCUGUUGGUCCGAUGAGGACUAUGUGGGGAAGUGCAGCAGAAUUGUGCGCAGGUUGAAUGCUAGGAAUCGUGUGGUAUGGCGAUGCAUCAGCA